UUUUUUUGAUUGUUUAUAUACGAGAUUUAUUCAUUAAAUAACAAGCCAACAUUAAAUUGAUGUGGAUAGCUAGUUACUGUGGUAUUUGAGGCAAUAACCUCGCCCACAAAUGUUGUAAAGUUGCUCUGGGUACACCGUAUUUGUAACCAGCUUUCAUGCUAUAGACUCGUCUUCUUGUGUCUCUGUCUGUGAGACCUUGCUUUGUUGCACUGUGUCGAGGUUUAUCUUUUUUCCGAAGUCCUCGAUGUAUCUCUUUACCGCGUUUCAGCUGUCCUCGCGUUCGAGCAAUUUGCUAAUUAUGUUGCUCGGCGCGAUGUUGCCAAAAAUGGAAUUUACAAUUGAUUAAAAUAAGCUCUAGUAGCUAAUGGAACAGUUUAAGACUAGUUGUUGACUGUAUUUCCAGUUAAUUGAUUUCCUCAGCAUGACCAUAACAUUUUCAAGUUCUUAGCAUUAUUGGUGGUGAGAUGAAGAACAAUAAAAGUGGGGAUAAAAGUGCAACAAAUGCCGUCAUGAUGUUGCAAUUCUACCGCCUAUCAUUUACCAAGCUAUCACUAGACCUGCUUGUAUAGCCUUAUUGCACUGGAUUAUUUUUUAUCAGUUUAUUUAUUUUUUAUUUGUUGUUUUUUGUUUCCUAAAUGCUUGGCUUUUGUAAUCAGGCUUUCGUGUUGCAAUGCUGUGCCGUUUGACCAUAGAAGCAGCCAACAGCAAACAGCCAGCAGCGAACAGCGUUAAUGCAAUGUCAUCACUGACGCGCCAACACGCCAACACGCCUCAACAAAUAUGCCACUUAUAGUAGAAUACCAACAAACAAACACGCACACACUCACACACAUACAAAGAAGCUAUGAUAGCAAUAAUAAUAAAACAUAAAAUAACUGCCGGCAUCAUUCUUGCUUGGCUGUACUUCAGCUAAGAACCGGAAAAAGAACGCAACGGUGCGACUGACUGACUAACUGACUGGUGGGGGCAUUACAUGAGUGUGGCUGCAAUACAGCAACAACAGCAGUAAUAACAGCAGCAGCAGCAAAUAAAACACACAAAAGUAACAAACGCCACGCGCCUGCGCCGCAUCAUGAUGUAAGCCUAAACGCUGGGAAAGUAAGCAACUAAAUGCCUCAAAUGGCAUUUGGCCGAUGGUGGUUUCCACCGCCAUCGCUACUCAAAGAUAAUUACUUCUUUAGCGCCGACGAUUUUCGAGUGCCGGCUUGCACGCAGGCGCAAUGUUGCUCGCUUAGGAGUACUGUUGUUGUUGUUGCAGCAGUAUUUGUUGUUGUCGUUUCUGAUUGCCGCUCUUGGCAUUGAUUUGGUUAGUGGCUAAGCUUUUUGUUUGUGCACGAUUUAUGUUUACAUUGGAACUAACAAGCAAACGAAGAAGAACAAGGAGGACAAGGAGGAGAAGAAGUAGAAAAUGAAGAAACUGAAAUUGAAGUAAUAUAAAAUGAGUAGCAUAACAAACGGCGCAUAGAUAAAUGAAGCACCGAAUACUAAAAAUUAAUAAGCAAGAAAAAGAAAGGAGAUGAACAAACGGUCCAUUGAUGAUGACUUUCUUCUUCUGUUCUCAGCGCCAACAAUACCAAUACUAAAGCACGCAUUUAGAUACAUACAAAUGUAUGUACGUAUGCAUCUAUUAUCUAUCCAUGCAUUCCCAUUCGUUCCCAACUCAAUGCAGGUGAUUAAUGUGUGAGCGUUGCCUCUUCACUGCCAAGCUAGCCGCUCGCUUAGUCGAACUCACUCCGCCAAGAAUGAUUCUCAAUUCGACUUUUGAGCCGCCUGGACGUAACAUUUGUGUUGUGCGCAUCACAUUUUGCAUCUCAUCAACUCCGAAUUGUUUUGGCUAGUGUAAUAUAAUAUAAAGAAAUAAAUUUAAAUAUUUCAUCCAAAGCUCAGUCAUAACAGCCAGGAGGCCAAUCAAGUUGAUGCGUGUGUGUAAUUUAAGUAAUACAAUAAUUUAUAUGCCGUGAUUAUUUUAAUUUCGUGUUUUUGCGAUUUGCAUUUGCAAGAUUAACUGCAUUUAUGCAGCUGUAAUAGUGCAGUUCAAUUGACAGUAAAUACGGUAAGUGAGCAGCAGGCAGUGACCGUAGUCCGCAGCGUCUGUAUGCAGCGGAAACAAUGGCGGCAAUGAAGUCAGUUACAUUGUUGCAUAUCGCCGUGAAUACACUACGAUGCCAUACAAUAUAAAAGUAGCAUUUAUGCUGUGUGUUAGUACAAUAUAUUAACGGUUUUGUCACAGCGGAUAUCGUGGAAAAAGUGUUGUGUGAAGUAAAGUUCGUUUCUUAAGUCUUUUGUUGGCAGUGAUGUGACAAGUGGGAAAAUUUACUCAAUAAUGAGUGCUCAGUAAUAUUGUAGUUUACGCGUUCCAUUACAACACAGUGAUAGUUGAAUUAUUGUGCAUAAAGUGACUUGUUUUCAUUGCAUUUGGCAGCGAUAGUAAUUUAGAAAUGGAUAUGGAUUACAUACUCAAAUUGGAGCAAAUGGGCUCCGAUCCACGUGCGGCCACAUGCCGUGGCAAGCUACAGACUCGUCGCUGCAAAUUGAAUCAGGAAAUCAAUAAGGAACUGCGACUGCGUGCUGGUGCUGAAAACCUUUUUAAAGCCACCACAAAUCGCAAACUGCGCGACACAGUCGCUUUGGAAUUGAGUUUCGUCAAUUCGAAUUUGCAGUUACUGAAAGAGCAAUUGGCUGAAUUGAAUUCAUCUGUGGAAAUCUAUCAGAACGAUAGUCAUGAAAGUGUUAUGCCAAUGAUACCACUUGGCUUGAAGGAAACAAAAGAAAUCAGUUUUAUGGAACCCUUUUCAGAUUUAAUUUUGGAGCAUUAUAGUGAAGAGCCGUCCUUAUAUUUGGACGCAAUCGCCGAUAUCACAGACACCAGACAGGCAUCCAGAACGCCGUCACGUGAUGCGCAAGGCGUGGCACUGCUUUUCCGUUACUACAAUUUGUUGUAUUAUGUGGAACGGAGAUUCUUCCCGCCAGAUCGGAAUUUGGGCGUUUACUUUGAGUGGUACGACUCCUUAACUGGUGUACCCUCCUGUCAGCGCACCAUUGCUUUCGAAAAGGCCUGCACUCUCUUCAAUUUGGGUGCCAUCUACACACAAAUCGGUGCACGCCACGAUCGCACCACCGAAAAAGGUUUGGAUGCAGCGGUGGAUAGCUUCUUGCGAGCCGCCGGCAUUUUUCGUCACAUCUACGACACAUUCACCAACGCCCCUUCGAUGGAUCUGAAACCGCAGGUGCUCGAUGUGCUGGUUUCGCUGAUGUUGUCACAAGCGCGUGAAUGUCUCUUCGAAAAGUUGCAGCUGCAAAUCGAAGCACUCGGUCUCACCGAGUCCAGUCAUCUUUUCAAAGACUUAGCGGGCGAGGCAGCACAACUGACGCUCGAAUACAAUGAAAUGCACAAAAACAUACAAAUGAACGACACACACACAUACUUGCCGGAGUGUUGGGCCGGCCUAGUGCCGCUCAAAGCUGAAUUCUAUAAAGCACUUGCCCACCAUUAUGAAGCGUGCAGCGUUGAUGUGGCCGCCGACAAGACAUCGCUCAGCACAAAGAAGAGUCAAGCCAACUCGCAUGGCGGCACCGCCAACGAGUCAUUUAUUGGAAAUGCGCGGGAGGCCUUACGUGCUGCUGCCGCUGCAUUUGACGAGAGCGAAGAGGAUGCCGCCAGUGCGACUGCGCUGAAGCGCGCCCAGCUGAAGGAGGCGAUCGCUAGUCAUGAAGAAACGCAACGCCUGCAGCGCAUGUGCCGAUUUUUGAAGAACAAACUAAGUCUGACGCAGGUUCUAAAAGAGGCCUACUACAAAACACAAGACGAGUACGAGAAAUUUCUUGAAGAGACACCAACAAGCGAUAUACAAGAUGACUUUCAAGUGAUAGAUGUCGUUGCAGAAGCCUGUUCAAAAUUCACACUCUCGCUAACCGGCCCAGAUUUUACAUCGCACAAAGUAGAGGAUCCCUUCAAACGUCUUGGACCCAUUGCGAUUUUUUCGGCACGUCGUCAUUGGACCGCGCCGCGCUGUGUACGCCUGCAGAAGGGAUCUUCCAUUUAUCACGAGAGCACAUCCACACAUUAUCGUUGUCACUGUCCAACACCAAAUGAAGGACACGAAGUUGGCUGUAGUCAAUACAAAGAGGAAGUGGAGAGUUUCGGUUUUCAUGUGCGAGGCGAUGCGCCGGUCAUUAUAGCGCACGUUGAAAUCAAUUCGUUGGCCGAUUUGGGCGGCAUUAAGGAGGGAGACUUCAUAGUAGAAAUCGCUGGCAUGGAUGUAAAAUGGUAUUCGCAUCAGCAGGUGGUGCGCCUAAUACAAUCCUGUGGCAGCACCUUAGAAUUGAAAGUCAUCACACCCAUGGAUAGGAAUUAUUUAAAGCCGCUGUCCUCGAAAGGCUCCAUUUCCACAUUAUCUGCGGCCAGCUCGUCAGGCGUUUCGUCAGGCUCAUCCAGCCCCACUGGCACCACCACAAAACCAAAGCCACGCUUCAAAACCACAUCGCCGAAGAGUCGUCUUGGCAGUCUGUCAUCAUCAUCUUGGAAUCCCUUUCGACGUACGCCAAGUUUGGCGAAAAUUUUCUAAAUGCGCUUGCGUGCCAAUGAAAACAAACAAAAAUUCCACUGGUGGCCAUUUUAUGCGUUUGGCGAAAAAACCUUCCGCAUUAUUAUCUUUCAAUUCAUUUAAAUAUAACUACUAUGUAUGUAUGUAUGUAUUUUUGUAUAUGUUUAUUUAAUUAUUUCUUUGUUUUUCUUUUAUUGUAAAAAAAGAAACAAAAGAAUUCUAAGUUUAAUUGAAAUUUUAUUGAAUCUUUUAAUUAGGCGACUUUUUCUUCAUAUUUCGUUUUGUUUGCAUGCUGCUAUAAUUUCGUUUAUUUUCUGGGUUAUGGAAAAUAUUUGUUAAUUGUAAAUUAUAUGCAAAAGUUAUACAAAUUUGAGGUUUCCAAAUGUAUUGAAAAUUUUUAAAUACUUUUGUUUUUGUAUUUAGUAUUUUUUGUACUUCUAAUUGUAAGCUUAUAAGAGUUUUUCAAACGAAAGAAAGUUAGGGUUAAGGCAAAGUGCUUCCAGGCCAACCUGCGGACGUUUUCAAAGCAAAAAAUAUAUAUAAUAUAUAAAUAAAAUGAAGGUGUUCGUAAAUUAAAAAUUGGAUAAUUAAAAAAUGUAUGUGUGUGUGGGCUUUUGGUAAGCCAACUGACGUGACUUUGAAAGGUUUUGCUUUAAGUCAAUAGAUAUUGAUCCAUCAUUAGAAAAAUUUAGAAUUUUCCACAAAAUGCUCACUCAAGCUGCGUCUAUGAGUGAUUAAUUGAUUAAAUAUGUCGAAAAAGCAAGCAAAUUAGUGCCUUACAGAAAAAUGUGCUCAGUCGACUUAAGUUGUUUUAUCAGAAGUGCACACAUAUGGGCAUAUUUUUCAAUCAGAACGAAUGAAUUUUGUAGUGAAAACCGUUACACACAUUUGUAUGUAUUUACACCUUAAUUGUUAGUACUUAAUCAAUAAGGUAAUUUUUUUUUUACAUAUAUCAGUAAAUAUUUAUGUACUUAUAGCUUUUGAGAAGCUUACAAAAUAAUUAUAUUUAAACGCCAUUAAGAAAAAAGUACACAAAAUAUAAGGUGGCGACAUUUAAAUUUGUAUGUUAUGCACAAAAUAUUUAGAGCCUGUAGUAUAUGUAUGUAUGUUUAUAUACGCAUUUAUUUUAUCGUAAAUAUAUUUUAUUU